AAUUCGCGCGGGGUUCUAGUUCUAGCCGCUCUCGCGAGAGAGACAGAGAGCAUGUGUUCUUGUAUUUCGCAAUAGCUGGGAUAAAUCUCUCGCGAUCGCGCGGCGGUGGAUGCUGUGAGCGCAAAUCUUCGUGCUCUCCUGCUGCUGUCGCAAUACUUUAUAUAUUGAAGCUGUCAACGGUGGAGGACUUCAAUCCAGUGUGAUCCGUAGAUUAGGACCGUUGAGUUCCUUCCCCGAGAAGAGCAGCAGACCAGAAUUGGCCCCUGGCGUCCUACCCCGAAGUGGCGGAACGAAAAGUGGCCUUUUUUAAACGAGACAACCGAAUACGCUUGCGGAAAGGUUUCCAACGGUUUUUAUAAAAGUGAAAUUUGAUCAGUGGCAAAGCAUGUGCUCAAGUCAGGAGGUUGAAAUAGUUGUUCAAAACCAGUGAAUGUUCUAAUCCUGAGUGUGCGUGUCAAGGUCAUAACGUGUGAGCUAUUCCCAGCAAACAAAGAGUGUGCGAACAAGUGUUAGUGUUAAAACUUAGAAGAAGUCGUGACCAUGACCCCGAAACCACAAGAAAGCAUUCCGGCGGUGCACGCUGGCGAAGACCAGGACAUGCCCGGAUCGCUCAACAAUGCCAGCAGUUUGGGAAACCUUAGCAACAACCUCAAGCUGAACGGGUUCAUCAACAACGCGUUCGUCUCGGAUUGUCCCGCACAGAACGACAAGCAGAACCAAGAUCUGCAGACAAAGGACAAUCUCGAGCUGAAAGAGAAGAAGAACACCAAUGGUACGGUCGGAACCACCAGCCCAAGUGGCGUCCAGGAGAAACCCAUCGUAGACUUUGACGACCUGUUGCCGCACAUUGGCGAGUUCGGCCGAUACCAGAAGAUCCUGUUUCUGCUGAUGAUCCCGUUUGCCUUCUUCGUCGCGUUCGUCUACUUCUCGCAAAUCUUCAUCACCAUCGUACCCGAGGAACACUGGUGCUGGGUCCCCGAGCUGGAGCAGCUAUCCGUGGAAGAAAGACGUGCCCUAGCGAUCCCGGUCCACUACGAGCACGGGAACGAGUUUGAGGACGGCAGCGCCGUGUACAGCAAGUGCUCGAUGUACGCGGUCAACUUCACGGAGGUGCUCGCGAACAACAUCCGCAAGGCGGACCCCAGCUGGCCGACGCAGCCCUGCCGCAGCGGCUGGGAGUACAACUUUACCGAUGUGCCAUACCGGACGGCGGCUACCGAUUUCGAGUGGGUGUGCGAAAACGCCUACCUCUCGACGCUGUCGCAGUCCAUCUUCUUCGUGGGAGCCAUCGUCGGUGGGCUGCUGUUCGGCUGGAUCGCCGACCGGUACGGCCGCAUCCCGGCGCUGGCCGGUUGCAACGUGAUUGGCUUCGUGGCCGGUGUCGUGACCGCGUUCGUCGGCAACUUUUGGCAGUUUGCCCUGUGCCGGUUCCUGGUCGGAUUCGCGUUCGACAACUGCUUCACCAUGAUGUACAUUUUGGUCCUCGAGUACGUCGGCCCCAAAUGGCGCACCUUCGUCGCCAACAUGUCCAUCGCGCUGUUCUUCACGACCGCCUCGUGCGCGCUGCCCUGGAUCGCGUACUACCUCGCCAACUGGAAGCUGUUUGCGAUCGUCACGUCGGCCCCGCUCGCUUUGGCCAUCUUCACGCCGCUGCUCGUACCGGAAUCCGCUAGAUGGUUGGUCUCGCAAGGCAAGGUGGACAAAGCCAUUAAAAUUCUGAAGAAAUUUGAGAAGAUCAACAAGAAGACGAUCGACCCCAAGGUGUACCAGGACUUUAGCGACAGCUGCGUCCGGCUGCAGGAGGAGGAAGCCGCCAACAACAACUACUCGGUGCUGGAUCUGUUCAAGACGCCCCGUCUGCGCAACAUCACGAUCCUGUUGAUCCUGAUCUGGAUGGCCAUUUCGUUGGUGUUUGAUGGUCACGUGCGUAACGUUGGCUCGCUGGGACUGGAUCUGUUCUUUACGUUCACCGUGGCCGCUGCGACCGAACUGCCGGCCGAUACGUUCCUGACGCUGACGCUGGACCGCUGGGGACGUCGUUGGUUGGCCUGCGGAACGAUGGUGGCCAGUGGAGUGUUCAGCUUGCUCGCUACGACCGUGCCCGUUGGAGCGUUCUCCGCUACUCUCGCCAUUCUGGGUCGUUUCAGCGUGAACAUUUCCUACAACAUCGGGCUUCAGUACGCGGCCGAGCUGCUCCCGACGGUGGUCCGUGCCCAGGGCGUGGCCUUCAUCCACAUUAUGGGUUACGUGGCCAGCAUCGUGGCGCCGUUCGUCGUCUAUCUGUCGCACGUGUCACCAUCGUUGCCCCUGAUUGUUCUGGGAAUCCUGGGCAUUAUCGGUGGCCUGCUGUCCCUGAUGCUGCCCGAAACCCUUGGACACGAUCUGCCACAAACGCUGGUCGACGGUGAAGAGUUUGGACGUGGGCAAAAGAUCUGGGACUUCCCGUGCUUGGCCAAGAAAAUCAACGACGACGACGACGACCGCGUGGACGACCUUCCGGUGGAGCGUUUUACGCGCGCUACCUCCAAGACCUCGGUCGGCGCCUCGCUGCGGGCAUCGACGCGUGGCGAACUUCGUUCCAGCAUGCUCAAUCGCUCGAUCCGAUCGCGCAUUUCGGUGCGUUCCCUGCAGCAGCAGCGGCAAGAUCAGAUGUCCGCUUGCGUCUAAACAAAAAAGUGACGCCAAUUGUAUCCUAACAUUUACCUACCUGCUUCGCACUUUUGUACAGAAGAAAGUGAGAACGAUAGCAGGUCCCCCCCUCAACUCGUAAUAGGAGAUAGAUUAAUAGACUUUUGUUUCUUGCUGCUGCUGCUGCCGCAGAGGGAAACAGAACUACCCGUAACCUAGUCAACCGUAUCGGAUGAUGUAUUAGUUUAGGUACUCGUAUAUUAGCCGCACAUUUUAGCACCCAUCGAGCAUUUUUUCAUGGACGACGAACGGUUGAAAACCAAAAAUCGGAUCGAGUGUGAGUGAGAGCGAGCGAGCGAAAGCGCGUGAAAUGAGACGACAGUUCCUAAACCCGUAUAGGACGAGUGUAGGCCAUAAGCUGGUAAACCAACGAAACAACCUUAUUUGCCAAAUAAGUAUUACGUAUUUCGACAAUUGGUAGCGCAGGGAAGAGAGAGAGAGAGCACGCGCUACCAAGCUAAUUCCACUAAGCAUCGUAUUAAAAGCAGGAAAAUUCCCUCAGGCUGUGCGAAAAGGACGAAACGUUUGGAGUGAAUCGAUACACGGGAAGGCGAAAAUCGAUUGGCAGCUAAAAUGUCGUUUUUAACUUAUUUAACCUAAUAUUUAUGAUUGUAUACCGUAAACUAGACACCGCUGAAUAAAAGGCAGAGAAACGAAACUAUUCAGACAAUCGCUGGUAAGCGCGAAAGACAACCUGACGCGCCACACUGCCGAAUUGUGGUUUAGCGAAUAUGACCUGUAUGUAUUUUAAAUAAAUGUACGAAUUAUUGAAAGAA